AUGGGUCUCUUCUCCUCUAAGGCAGGUGCUCCUCCGCCUCCACCCCCUCCAGGGCCCAGGCAGACUACGGCCCGCCCUCAGGCUCCCUUGCCUCCGGCAGUUGCCCCAUCAGGACCUCCGGGUGCUUUCCUUGUCGAGUUGCUGAUCUACAACGGUGCCCCCUUCAAAGACCACUGGUCGUACUGGGUACGCUCUCACCAGGACCCGGACCUUGGUGUCCUCAUACACGCCGCCGGUGACGUGAGGAACGGCUUUCAGUUUAAGAUUAAGCGUGAUCAUGACUUCCGAGCUACCGGUAACCUCCCAACGAAGAGGAUACCGCUACAGUGGGUUGGCAAGUAG